GUAUUGAUAUUUUUGCAAAACCGCGUGCUGACCGGAAUCCGAAAGUGUGUUUACUGCGGCAUCAUUUUACAAUCAAACAAUGAAAGAAAAAACCAACAUUAGGGAAUUGUUUAGCUCAGCGGCUGAACGAAACACAUAUCUUAAGAUUUGUGCACCGAUGGCAGUAAUGUUGAGUUGAAUCGUUCUCUUCCAUCACAGAUUAGAGUUUCGCAGUUUGGUUCGCACGUACGGAACAGAUUUAGCAUUUACCAGCAUGAUCAUGGCUGAUUCGUUCUGUAAAAGCGAAAAAGCCCGUCUAAAUGAGUUCACAACUCACAAAGACGACACGCCGCUGGUUGCCCAGUUUGCCGCUAAUAAUACGAUUGAUUUUCUGUCCGCCAGCGAAAUGGUUUUCCCCUAUGUCGAUGGUGUCGACCUGAACUGCGGAUGCCCACAGCGCUGGGCAAUGGCUGAAGGGUACGGAAGUGCAUUGUUAAACACGCCCGAACUUAUAGCCGAUAUGCUGGGCACGGUGCGCCGCAACAUGCCAAGCUCGUUCAGCGUUUCGGUAAAGGUACGGUUGCUUUCAAGCACUAAUCAAAAACGCACAAUCGACAUGUGCCGCCAGCUGGAGGCCACCGGUAUUACAUUCCUGACCGUGCACGGCCGUACGGCGCCCGAGAUGACGAAGGUACCGGUGCACAGGGAAGCACUGCAGGAAAUAAAACAAUCCAUUGCAAUCCCCAUGGUUGCCAAUGGUGAUAUCUUCACGCUGGACGAUGCCGAACAAAUGUAUUCACAAACAAAGUGUGACGGCAUAAUGGCAGCUCGUGGCAUACUUUCCAAUCCGGCCCUAUUUUCGGGUCACAAAAGCACCCCGGUGGAGUGUGUAAAACGAUGGUUAAACAUUUGCCAGCAAGCUGAUACCGACAUCACGUACCAAUGCAUGCACCAUCACUUUUCGUUCAUGACCGAAUCGCUGCUUACAAAACGACUACGCUUGGAGCUGAACAAUUUGUCCAAAGAGAAGCAAAAUGUGUUCGAGUUCAUUCGAGCGCACUUGCCAAUCGAUAGUGUUGUUGACGAUGUAUCCUUGCAAGAUUACCCCGAAAAGUUAAGCUGUUCGUACAACGAUCAAAUCUAUCGCCAACGGGCUGCUGAACAAGGUGCAAAGAACGGUAGUACUGUGGCAGAUGGUUGUGCAUACGAUCCGGAAGCGUCGGAUGGUAAUUUCUUUCGGAGCAAACGGGCGGAACUGGACGACGAUGUAGCGGAAGAUGUCGAUGGAGUCGCGUUUAUGGACGGUGGAAGCCUUUUGUUUGACGAGUGAAAAUUACAAUAAAUGAAUAAUUUUUCGACAUA